AUGUCCAACCUCGGCGCUGGUCUCAAGACACAGCAGUGGGACUUGGCUACCAUGCCAAAGUUCGAGAAGUCCUUCUACAAGGAAGACCCAGCAGUCGCAGCCCGCACUCAGGCUGAGGUCGACGAGUUCCGCAAAAAGGCGCAAAUCACAAUCCAGGGACGCGACGUGCCCAAGCCAGUCGAGACUUUCGACGAGGCCGGUUUCCCCAACUAUGUCAUGAGCGAAGUCAAGGCUCAGGGCUUCGACAAGCCAACUGCCAUUCAGUCUCAGGGCUGGCCGAUGUCCCUCUCAGGUCGGGACGUCGUCGGUGUCGCCGAGACCGGUUCCGGAAAGACGCUCACAUACACCCUUCCCGCCAUUGUUCACAUCAACGCUCAACCUCUCCUCGCCCAAGGCGACGGCCCGAUUGUGCUCAUUCUUGCACCAACUCGUGAGCUCGCGGUCCAGAUUCAAGAGGAGGUUAGCAAGUUCGGCAAGUCCUCGCGCAUUCGUAACACGUGUGUCUACGGCGGUGUGCCCAAGGGUGGCCAAAUCCGYGACCUUAGCAGGGGCGUGGAGGUCGUCAUCGCGACACCUGGUCGUCUCAUCGACAUGCUCGAGACCGGCAAGACCAACCUUCGCCGCGUCACCUACCUCGUCCUCGACGAGGCUGAUCGCAUGUUGGACAUGGGUUUCGAGCCUCAAAUUCGCAAGAUCAUCGGACAAAUUCGCCCGGACCGUCAGACUUGCAUGUGGUCUGCUACAUGGCCCAAGGAAGUCCGCCAGCUGGCCGCCGACUACCAGACCAACUUCAUCCAGGUCAACAUUGGCUCGCACGAGCUGUCCGCCAACCACCGCAUUCACCAGAUUGUUGAGGUCGUCUCAGACUUUGAGAAGCGCGACAAGAUGUUGAAGCACCUCGAGGCCAUCAUGGAGGACAAGGCCCACAAGAUCCUGAUCUUCACCUCCACAAAGCGUGUCGCCGACGACAUCACCCGACUUCUCCGCCAGGACGGCUGGCCAGCACUUUCCAUUCACGGUGACAAGCAACAGAACGAGCGUGACUGGGUGCUCAACGAAUUCAAGACUGGAAAGAGCCCAAUUAUGGUUGCCACCGACGUGGCUUCCCGUGGUAUCGACGUCAAGGACAUCACUCACGUGUUCAACUAUGACUACCCGAACAACUCUGAGGACUACGUUCAUCGUAUUGGACGUACCGGACGUGCCGGCCGCACUGGAACUGCCAUCACUCUUUUCACCACUGACAACUCAAAGCAGGCUCGUGACCUUGUCGGUCUCCUCACCGAGGCCAAGCAGCAAAUCGAUCCUCGCCUCGCCGAGAUGGCUCGCUACGGUGGCGGUGGUGGCGGUGGUGGUCGUUACCACGGAGGUGGCCGCGGUCGUGGCGGUGGACGCGGUGGUGGACGCGGUGGCUGGACCGGUGGGAAUAACGCUCCUCUCGGUGGCGGCGGCAGUCGCUGGUAG